UCUCACGCGUUCUCUGCAUGGCACGUGUUUUGAGGGUGCUCCGGCUGAAGCACGUCCCGAUUUUUCAACAACUUUGCAUCGAAGAGGUUCUGUUUUACAAGACCACUUCAAACUGGCUGGUGCUCAAUGAAGGUCACCCAGAGGCACAACCGACGGUGGUCCUGGGCAUCUCCGGCAAGCCCGAGAAGAUGUGCAACCUGGAGCUCGUAGAGCGCGACAAGAUACCGUUGAUCAAGAGGUUUUCGGGCGGAGGCACCGUGAUCAUCGACGGAAACACCAUCUUCACCUCCCUUAUCAUGAACCAGGCGGAUGUUCCUGAGUGCAAGCCUUUCCCGAGAGAGAUCAUGGACUGGAGCAAAGGCAUUUACGGCCCGGCGUUCCGGAGCGUGGUCAUCAAGCCGGAGCUGGAGCUGGGCUUACGGGAGAACGAUUACGUGUUCGACGACCUCAAGUUCGGCGGCAACGCGCAGGCCAUCACAAAGGGGCGGUGGCUGCACCACACUUCCUUCCUGUGGGACUUUGACCCCACCAACAUGCUGUACCUGCAGAUGCCGGAAAAGCGGCCACAGUAUCGCGGAGAUCGCGACCACAAGGCGUUUUUGACACCUCUGAAGGACCACGUCGGGCGGCGGGAAGACUUGUGGGCGGCACUGAAGGCGGCCGCGGGGGAACACUUCGUACUCGAGGAGGCGUCAAUUUCGGACGUUCUCCCAGACAACCAUGAUAGCAGCAACAGCAGCAGCAGUAACAGCAUCAGCGGUAGCAGCGGCGGCAACAGCGGUAGCGCCUGGAUGGAGGCCUGCCGCACCAAGUUUGUGGGGUUGGACGGGAAGGCAGUGCCGCCACCCCCCGGUGGUCACGACGACACGACGCUCGCAUGACAGCAGCAGUAGUAGUCGCCGGCAUGCGACGGUUGCAUGGCAGCAGCAACAACAGUGGUCGUCGGCACAGCUAGUCGGGUUAAUGUUGUUUGUCGCAGAUGCCCGUUGAGAGUCGUGUGGAGCAAACUUGGUUCACCAGUCCGUCUAUGUGGACCGCCAUGUGGUAGCCGCAUGGCAUGUUUCACAAGUCUUGAUGCCAUUACAUCAUUGACGAACGGGCCUCUUCACAACUCCGGCGUCUCUUCAUACCAUCGCACACGUCGUAGACGCGCAAAUGACGGCACCAAGGCUUUGUUCUGGUGGAUUUCGUAUGGCCCUACCCCCCCCCGGCAGCUUGAUGUGGCGUGUGCUUCCAUCCAGCACUCAACAACAACAAUCAGCGUGGGAUAGCCUAAUGAUGCGAUUCGAGGGGUGGGAGGACGAGACGGUCGGGGUAUCUUACAUUUCCUACUACUGCAUAAUGUCGGAGGGGGGGAGGGGGAUGUGACUUGGUCUGGUCGCCAACGUCAGGUCAAAUUUGUACAAGACACAAGUGUUGGUGUGCCAGUGGGGGCUUGCUCGGUUCGGCUGUACGUAGUACAUCAUCACAAAUACCGAUGGCAGCAAGACUCAGAAAAGAGACUUCCGUAGGAGUCGGAGAGAUGGCACCGGGUGCG